AGAGCCGCGCGAAUUUUAUCGCCACUAGUUUAUCAUGUGUGCGCAACUCCAUCAUAUCGCGAUAACACAGAUAAGAAUACCAGUCUCACUUCAACCAUGGCCAACGUCGCGUUGGUCGUCGGAGCUGCCAGCAAUCUUGGCUACCAAGUGCUUAAGAAACUCACCGAGACUUACCAAGGAAAGAUCUAUUUUACCACUGAAGAUGAAGAAACUGGUUAUAAUAUUCUUAAGGGAUUCAAAAAAGAUGACAUUGAUAUAAAUUACAUCCCUAUGGAUAUAACUUACACGAAAAGCAUAAUAAAACUGAGGCACCAUAUACAAGACAAAGAAGAAAGAAUAGAUCUACUUAUAAAUCAUUCUGAUUAUGUUCAAACGAAGAAGAAUAUAUCGCACGCGGAAAAAGUGAGAAGAAUCAUGAGCGUAAAUUUUUAUGGUUACAUAAAUUUCGGGAAAUUAGUUUAUCCGAUUUUAAAUGAGAAUGCGAGAGUGAUUAAUGUGUCCGGACCAGCGGGUCUAUUGGCUACAAUUGAAAACGAAGAAAUACGGAGUAUGAUAAGUGAUACAACGCUAAACGAAGAUCGGUUAGUUGCAGUGUUUCAAGAGUACGAAGACGCUGUAAGAAAAGGUGUUGAAAGAACUAUGGGUUGGGGCAAAAACGUGCAAGCUAUUAGUAAGGUAGCUUUAAAUGCUGUAACAUUCCUUCAACACAGAGAAUGGUGUAAUAGGAAUGUCAUUGUAAACUGUGUCAACCCUGGAAGUUUGUCUAGUAGAGAAAACAGAAAGAUGUCUAGGGUUUUCGAAGAGGGCGCCAAGGCAAUUUUGUAUUUAGCAUUAGAAGCGCCCCUGUCCAUAAAGGGCAAUUUCGUUUGGAGUAAUUAUUCGGUCAUUGAGUGGAAUUGUGACCCAUUUGUAGAGGUGACGACUGUAUAAUACAAGGCUUUGGGUUAUUUUGUUAGAUGUAUUUAUUAAGGACGAAUGAGCUCGAAUGUAAAGAGUUUAAUUUUGACAUUAAAAUAAACUUGAUAUAAUUCCAAAUAGUUUUGAAUUUAAAUUAGUGCAAUAUCGAAUGGUUAUUUGAAUAAAUUUUUAAUUAAUGUGUUAUAGUCUA